UGCGAUCUGCCAACCAAAUCCCAAAGAAGAAGAAGCUAGCAGGAAGCCCCGCUAAGGAAUUGACUGAACAGGUCUAAUGGGGAGGUGACACCCAGGACUCUGUGUCCAGAACAGUGCUCAGUGCAGAGAGACCUAGCCCAGCCAUGACAGAAUGCUUCCUGCCCCCCAGUAGCAGCCCAGCGGAGGUUCGUCGGGCGGAGCACCCAGGUGGGGUGGCCCGUACCCCCAGCUCGGAGGAGAUUAGCCCCACCAAGUUCCCCGGGCUUUACAGGACGGGCGAGAUCUUGCCCCCCCACGACGGACACCACCACCAUGAGGUCAUCGACGCCGUGUCGGAUGAAGAUAAAGAACACGGGAAGAAGAAGAACAAGUUCAAGAAGAAGGAGAAGAGGACCGAGGGGUACGCAGCCUUCCAAGAAGACAGCUCGGCGGACGAGGCAGAGAGCCCCUCCAAAAUGAAACGAUCCAAGGGAAUCCACGUGUUCAAGAAACCUAGCUUCUCCAAGAAGAAAGAGAAGAACUUCAAGGUGAAGGAGAAGGCACCCAAGGAGGACAAGAAGUCUAAAGACCUGACAGCAGCUGACGUGGUGAAACAGUGGAAGGAGAAGAAGAAGAAGAAGAAGCCUACAACGGAACCAGAGCCCGUCCCCAUGGAGAUACCAACAUUCAGACCCAUCUUCGGGGCCCCCCUGGCUGAGGCAGUGAAGAGAACAGCCCUGUACGACGGGAUCCAGCUCCCUGCCGUCUUCAGAGAGUGUAUCGACUACAUUGAGAGCUACGGAAUGAAGUGUGAAGGAAUCUAUCGCGUCUCAGGUAUGAAAUCUAAGGUGGAUGAGCUAAAGGCAUCGUAUGACCGUGAGGAGUGUCCGUGCUUGGAGGAGUAUGACCCUCACACCGUAGCCAGCCUGUUGAAACAGUUCCUCCGAGAGCUGCCUGAGAACCUGCUGGGACGAGACCUGGCGCAACGCUUUGAGGACGCCUGCAGUCGAUCAGCCGAGGCUGAGAAGGUGACAGAGUUCCAGCGUCUCUUAGUGGAGGUGCCCCCUGGCAGCCGUCUGCUCCUGUCCUGGCUGGUCACUCACUUGGACCAUGUUAUCACAAGAGAGACCGACACCAAGAUGAAUAUCCAGAAUAUAUCCAUCGUACUCAACCCCACUGUACAGAUUGGGAACAGGGUCCUGUACGUGUUCUUCACCCACGUCCGGGAGCUGUUUGGGGAGGUGUUCCUGAGACCCGUCCCGCCCCUCCGCUGGUCCAAUGCUGCCACCAUGCCGGCCCUGCCUGAGACGCAGGACAGCAUCAAGGAGGAGAUACGACGACAGGAGUUCCUGUUGAACUGCCUCCACAGGGACCUCCAGGCUGGGGUGAAGGAUCUGUCAAAAGAGGAGAGGCUCUGGGAGGUUCAACGCAUCCUCACGGCUCUCAAACGCAAACUACGGGAAGCCAAGAAACAGGAGUGUGAGACUAAGAUAGCCCAGGAGAUAGCCAGUCUCUCUAAAGAAGACGUGUCUAAAGAAGAGAUGACUGAGAACGAAGAAGAGGUGGUUAAUAUCAUACUGGCACAGGAGAAUGAGAUCCUGACAGAGCAGGAGGAGCUGAUAUCUCUGGAGGAGGUGUUGAGGAGGCAGAUAUCUACAGAGAAGGAGGAGAUCGAGAGGCUGAGGGCCGAGAUCGCUGAGAUACAGAGGUCAGAACGCUGA